AUGCAUCGAUUUAAUGAGCCAGAUCAACGGAUCAGGGCCGCCGAGUUGGCCCUCGCGCGAGCUGUGGCUGAGCGGGAGGACGCAGAGGCUGUGGUGAAAGAGCUGCGUCACCAGCUAUCAGAUUGUUCGGAACGGGCCCAAAAAGCUGAAGCCGAGGUUACUCGUCUUCGUCGUGCAGCAGCGGACUCAAGAGACCAAUUAGAUGAGUUGGUUGAGGCCAAGGCCGAUUUGGCCGCACAAUCUGAAAGAAUUGAAAUUCUUGAACGGCGGUUGACUGAGGCGCAGACAAAGUCUGCAAGCUAUCGGAAGCUGGAAACAGCCAAUGAAGAUCUUCGACAGCAACUAGAUGAUCGCGAUAAAAGAAUAAUGUCGCUUCUUGAAAAAAUUGGCGAGACAAAAAACCGACAAAUGAGCAAUGUUGAAUUCGAAAGGCUUCGUUUACGUCUUGCGCAUGCCGAGGCUCAGGACACUGCGAUUGUUGCGUGUCCACACUCCUUGGUCCUGCCUAACUUCAUUGAGGUGUCUCCUUCAGAUGUGAUCUUGGGAACCUCGUUCGAUGUGAGUGCGUCGGCUAUCACCGGCAACAUACCACCACUGUCCCUAGACGGCGAGAACCUCGGCGCCAUCUUCCAACAGGAACACGAGGCUGCUCAAACUGAGAUCCAGAACCUCCAGACCAAGCUCAACGAUGCCGUGGUGCGUCUUGAGCUGGAAGAAGCCGAAGUCUGCCACCUCAAGGAAGUCAUAUCGAAACUCAGUGUUGACCUGGAUAGCAGAGAUACUGCCGUUGUCAUGGCUCACGAAGCCAAGGCAGCUGCAGAAACAGCUCUGCAGCAACUCACAGACGACCUGGCAACAAUUGAGGCUCGUCUGCAAUUCGACUUCUCCAGUGCUUGCCUUAUCACGCCCGAAGCCACCAGUCUUGCUGAGGGUGUCGCAAAGAUCCUCAAGGCGAGGGAGCAGGAAGUUCAAUCGGCGUGGGAUCACGUGAGCAAGAUGUCCGCCGAAAUAGCAGCCAUCAGCGACAUUGUGCGACUGGAAAAGGAGGUGCAGACCACCGAGGCUUCGUGUGUGGACUGUCCUUCCGUCUCAGUUCAAACAGACCCAGGCUCCCAGGAACAAUGCGGGGAGCAAGCAAAUCUCUCUGCUGAGGUAAUUCAACGCACCAAUGAACUCAAGAUCGCCAAGGAUGAAAUCGCCGAGCUGCACGAGCAACUUCGCGAUUUGGCGUCAAAGUACACACAAGAACGCGCUCUUUCGGCGCGAGCUCACCAUUUCUUGGAACUGAGCCAAGUGGAGGCCCGCAGUUAUCACGCGGAGCUGGAACGACUUCAGGCGACGCUGGCAGCUCACGUUAAGCUGCUCGUAGAAAACGGUCUGGGCGGGGAGGAGGCAUUGCGGCAGUGGAGUUGCGUGUCUUCCGACGCAGCCGUCUACUCAGAGCAGGAUCUGACGCGCCAAGACAAAUGUAACUUUGCUGUGCUUUUGGCGCUGUGCCCGCCAGGAGUACUUGAAUACAGGGGUACCAUUAAAGUUGAAGAAGACGCUCAAGACACCGAUGCGGACGGUUUGGCCUUCACCGACCUCAGUCAGGUCUCCUCCGCCUUGUCCUCCUUCUCUCCCCCACUUCCACCACCCAGCCCUCCGCGUGUGCAGGCGCCAAACUCGAAGCCACUUUUGGCCCGUGACCGCCGUCGGACGGAUGUGCCAACGUCACACGCCUCUGCGCCACCUGUUCCACCCGUCCCCAACCCGGCCUCAUCCCCACACAUGCCGCUCUCCUUGUCAGGUAGGCGCAAGUCCAUUGGGGUAUCCGUCUCUGGUAGCCCUGAUGGUGUUAACCUUGGCGCUUCGGAGAGCUGCAACAAUGAAAACAACCAAAAUAGCGCCAUUCAGGAAAGACCGGAAGAAAUUUUUGCUCGUCUGGCCGAACUCCGGCGGCGCAACGAUCUUCAGCCGUUCCAUUUGCGCACCAACUAUCCCGUCGAAACUCAGCUAUGCAGUCCAAAUGAGUUUGUGACAGUCCUGAAGAAUGUCCAGAAGACUCGUGUCGACCACUCACAAGCUGGCGCGAUAUCAUCAUCAUCAUAUGCCGCACCCCGACCGCCACCAACAACUUCGGCAACAGGCGUGCAGUCUCCAGCUCCGGCCGGCCUGUCAAUCCGUCCGAAGGGGCUUCAGUCAGUGUCGGAGGUGUUGCUCACCGGUGCGUCGGGAAUCGUUGGUGCCGAGCGCAUCGAUCUGUCAUCAGCCAACGUCCGACCCAGUGUAGCUGCCCAACGAGUCACCCAAAUCGUUAAACCGACUCCAGUGGCUGCCUCAAACGUCGUUUCCUCAGUUUCCACGCAAGGCAGAAAUCUAAGGGAUCAGACCGCGAUUUCCGGUGACCCCUCCACCGCAGAUAAGCCCCAUUCUGAUGCCUCAUUGAAACCCUCUCAGGCGGUGGUUCGAAAGGCCCUUGCAUUCGAGAUUGAGCUAAGCCCUCCCCACAGCCGAAAGGCUCCCCCGUCGUGUGCUGGCAAAAAGGGCUCCACGUCUGGAGGCAGCAAUGUCCUUUUCAUCCCCAUCGAAAAACGCCCACCGGCCUCCGUGGCAAAAGCUAACAGGACCAAUGCCUCUCACGACCACCCCAAAUCAUAG